AUGGAAGAAUCACCCGACCCGCCCUUCGAGGAGACGUACAAGAACCUAUUCGAAAACAUGACCGACACCCCGGAAAAGAAUUUUCCCGAGCUUUCUCCCGUCGAGGAAUGCGAUCUUCCCCUAAUCGAUCUCGACCGCCUAAACUUAGGCGGCCGUGAGGCCCGAGCAUGCAAGAAGCAGAUCGCCAAGGCGUCACGCGAGUGGGGUUUUUUCCAAGUGGUGAAUCACGGGAUUUCGCGCGAGAUACUCGAUAAGAUGAGGGACGAGCAAAUGAAGUUGUUCAAAAGAUCGUUUCGCGAGAAGAAAACGGGUUGCAAGGAUUUGAACUUCUCGGCCGGGAGCUACAGGUGGGGAACCCCAUUCGCCACGUGCCUCAAGCAGCUCUCGUGGUCGGAAGCUUUCCACAUCUCGUUGGGAGACGUGUUGGGCUCGGCCGGUCGGGAUAACCUCAGUUGUAUCAUGGAGCAAGUCGCUAUAACCGUAUCGAAAUUGUCGCAACAACUGGUAGACAUAUUAGCCGAUGAAUUGGGUAAAAGCUCCGCAUUUUUCAAAGAAAAAUGUGUGCCCGACACUUGUUACCUUCGAUUAAACCGAUAUCCGGCUUGUCACAUAUAUCCGAAAAUGUUCGGAAUAAUGCCACACACAGACAGUGACUUCAUCACUGUACUGCAUCAAGACCACGUUGGAGGUCUGCAGCUAGUCAAAGACGGAAAAUGGUUUGCCGUUAAACCUAAUCAAGAUGCCUUAAUCAUCAAUAUUGGAGAUUUGUUUCAGGCAUGGAGCAACAAUGUGUACAAAAGUGUCGAGCAUCGUGUUGUGGCAAACCCGUUACACGAGAGAUUCUCCACAGCGUACUUCUUUUGCCCAUCUUACGACACUCUUAUACAGAGCGAAAUCGAGCCUCGCGUCUAUAGAAGCUUUAGCUUCGGCGAGUACAGAAAGCAGGUCCAAGAAGAUGUUAAGGUAUUCGGACACAAAAUCGGGCUGCCUAGGUUUCUAGUACAAAUUAAGUAA